AUGACAUCGACGGGGAAGGACGGCGGCGGGGCGCAGCACGCGCAGUAUGUGGGGCCCUACCGGCUGGAGAAGACGCUGGGCAAGGGGCAGACAGGCUUGGUAAAGCUGGGAAUCCACUGUGUCACCUGCCAGAAGGUCGCCAUCAAAAUCGUCAACCGUGAGAAGCUCAGUGAGUCGGUGCUGAUGAAGGUGGAGCGAGAGAUCGCCAUCUUGAAGCUCAUCGAGCAUCCCCAUGUACUGAAGCUGCAUGACGUCUAUGAAAACAAAAAAUAUUUAUACCUGGUGCUAGAACAUGUGUCUGGGGGAGAGCUGUUCGACUACCUGGUGAAGAAGGGCCGACUGACCCCCAAGGAGGCCCGCAAGUUCUUCCGGCAGAUCAUCUCUGCACUGGACUUCUGUCACAGCCACUCCAUAUGCCAUAGAGACUUGAAGCCAGAGAACCUGCUGCUGGAUGAGAGGAACAACAUCCGGAUUGCAGACUUUGGCAUGGCAUCCCUGCAGGUGGGAGACAGCCUGCUAGAGACUAGCUGUGGAUCUCCACACUAUGCCUGUCCAGAAGUGAUUCGGGGCGAGAAGUAUGAUGGCCGCAAGGCAGAUGUGUGGAGCUGUGGUGUGAUCCUGUUCGCCUUGCUGGUGGGGGCCCUGCCCUUUGAUGAUGACAACCUGCGGCAGUUGCUGGAGAAGGUCAAGCGUGGUGUGUUCCACAUGCCACACUUUAUCCCGCCAGACUGCCAGAGUCUCCUGCGUGGCAUGAUUGAGGUGGACGCAGCUCGGCGCCUCACGCUAGAGCACAUUCAGAAACACAUAUGGUAUAUAGGCGGCAAGAAUGAGCCAGAGCCGGAACAGCCCAUCCCACGCAAGGUGCAGAUCCGCUCACUGCCCAGCCUGGAAGACAUUGACCCUGAUGUGCUGGAUAGCAUGCACUCACUGGGCUGCUUCCGAGACCGCAACAAGCUGCUGCAGGACCUGCUGUCUGAGGAGGAGAAUCAGGAAAAGAUGAUUUAUUUCCUCCUCCUGGACCGGAAAGAACGGUACCCCAGCCAUGAGGAUGAGGACCUGCCCCCCAGGAAUGAGAUAGACCCUCCCCGGAAGCGUGUGGACUCCCCGAUGCUGAACCGGCAUGGCAAGAGGCGACCUGAGCGCAAGUCCAUGGAAGUGCUCAGUGUGACAGAUGGUGGCUCCCCAGUACCUGCACGGAGAGCCAUAGAGAUGGCCCAGCAUGGCCAGAGAUCUCGAUCCAUCAGUGGUGCCUCCUCAGGCCUUUCUACGAGCCCACUCAGCAGUCCUCGGGUGACCCCUCACCCCUCACCAAGGGGUAGUCCCCUUCCUACCCCCAAAGGGACGCCUGUCCACACGCCAAAGGAGAGCCCAGCUGGCACACCCAACCCCACACCACCAUCCAGCCCUAGUGUUGGAGGAGUGCCCUGGCGGACACGACUCAACUCCAUCAAGAACAGCUUCCUGGGCUCACCUCGCUUCCACCGCCGGAAACUGCAAGUUCCCACGCCAGAGGAGAUGUCCAACCUGACCCCAGAAUCCUCUCCAGAGCUGGCCAAGAAAUCGUGGUUCGGGAACUUCAUCAACCUGGAGAAGGAAGAGCAGAUCUUUGUGGUGAUCAAGGACAAGCCCCUGAGCUCCAUCAAGGCUGACAUCGUUCAUGCCUUCCUGUCGAUCCCCAGCCUCAGCCACAGCGUUAUUUCCCAGACGAGCUUCAGGGCUGAAUACAAGGCCACAGGGGGCCCAGCAGUGUUCCAGAAACCGGUCAAGUUCCAGGUGGACAUCACCUACACUGAGGGUGGAGAGGCCCAGAAGGAGAAUGGCAUCUACUCAGUCACAUUCACUUUACUCUCAGGCCCCAGUCGCCGCUUCAAGAGGGUGGUGGAGACCAUCCAGGCCCAGCUGCUGAGCACGCAUGAACAGCCCUCAGCCCAGCACCUGUCAGACACCACUAACUGUAUGGAAGUGAUGACGGGGCGGCUUUCCAAAUGUGGCACCCCAUUGAGUAACUUCUUUGACGUAAUUAAACAACUUUUUUCAGACGAGAAGAACGGGCAGGCGGCCCAGGCCCCCAGCACACCCGCCAAGCGGAGUGCCCACGGCCCCCUGGGUGACUCCGCGGCCGCUGGCCCUGGAGGGGACACCGAGUACCCGAUGGGCAAGGACAUGGCCAAGAUGGGGCCGCCCGCCGCCCGCCGUGAGCAGCCUUAG